UCGAACGCAGCUGUCCCGAGCCGCGGAGGCUGCGGGCUUGGUCUGGGGCGGCUGCUUUGGCUGCGGCCCGGCCCGCGGCUGAAGGUUGGAAAGAAAUCCAUACACUCCAUUGACUGGCACUUUCUGCCACCAUGGGGGAGCUUUUCCGGAGUGAGGAGAUGACACUGGCCCAGCUUUUUCUACAAUCAGAAGCUGCUUAUUGUUGCGUCAGUGAAUUAGGAGAACUGGGAAAGGUUCAAUUUCGUGAUUUAAAUCCAGAUGUGAAUGUUUUCCAGCGGAAAUUUGUGAAUGAAGUUAGAAGAUGUGAAGAAAUGGAUCGAAAGCUUCGAUUUGUUGAGAAAGAAAUAAGAAAAGCUAAUAUCCCAAUUAUGGACACUGGUGAAAACCCAGAGGUGCCCUUCCCCCGGGACAUGAUUGACUUAGAGGCCAAUUUUGAAAAGAUUGAAAAUGAACUGAAGGAAAUCAACACAAACCAGGAAGCUCUGAAGAGAAACUUCCUGGAACUGACUGAAUUAAAAUUUAUACUUCGCAAAACUCAGCAGUUUUUCGAUGAGAUGGCGGAUCCAGACUUGUUGGAAGAGUCCUCGUCCCUCUUGGAGCCGAGUGAGAUGGGAAGGGGCACACCGUUAAGACUUGGCUUCGUGGCUGGUGUGAUUAACCGGGAGCGCAUCCCUACUUUUGAGCGCAUGCUUUGGCGGGUGUGCCGGGGGAAUGUGUUCCUGCGACAGGCUGAAAUCGAGAACCCCCUGGAGGAUCCUGUGACUGGUGACUACGUGCACAAAUCUGUAUUCAUCAUUUUCUUCCAAGGCGAUCAGCUGAAAAACAGAGUCAAGAAAAUCUGUGAAGGGUUCCGGGCCUCACUCUAUCCCUGUCCUGAGACACCACAGGAGAGGAAGGAAAUGGCUUCUGGAGUUAAUACCAGGAUUGACGAUCUUCAAAUGGUUCUGAAUCAAACAGAGGACCACCGCCAGAGGGUUCUGCAGGCGGCUGCUAAGAACAUCCGUGUCUGGUUCAUCAAGGUGCGGAAGAUGAAGGCCAUCUACCACACCCUGAAUCUGUGCAACAUAGACGUGACCCAGAAGUGCCUGAUCGCCGAGGUCUGGUGCCCUGUCACCGACCUCGACUCCAUCCAGUUUGCACUCAGAAGGGGCACGGAACACAGUGGCUCCACUGUGCCCUCUAUCUUGAACAGGAUGCAAACAAAUCAGACUCCCCCAACCUAUAACAAAACGAACAAGUUCACAUACGGCUUUCAGAACAUAGUAGAUGCUUACGGAAUCGGGACUUACAGAGAGAUAAACCCAGCUCCAUAUACCAUCAUCACUUUCCCUUUCCUGUUUGCUGUGAUGUUUGGGGACUUUGGCCAUGGCAUUUUGAUGACCCUCUUUGCUGUAUGGAUGGUGUUAAGGGAGAGCCGGCUUCUCUCCCAGAAGAACGAGAAUGAGAUGUUUAGCACAGUGUUCAGUGGCCGGUACAUUAUUCUCCUGAUGGGUGUGUUUUCCAUCUACACUGGCCUCAUCUACAAUGAUUGCUUUUCCAAGUCUCUUAAUAUCUUCGGGUCAUCCUGGAGCGUACGGCCAAUGUUCUCUUUGUAUAAUUGGACGGAUGAGACACUUCGGGGGAACCCUGUUCUACAGUUGAAUCCAGCUGUCCCUGGAGUUUUUGGUGGACCAUACCCUUUUGGCAUUGAUCCAAUCUGGAACAUUGCUACCAAUAAACUGACCUUUCUCAACUCCUUUAAAAUGAAGAUGUCUGUUAUCCUUGGCAUCAUUCACAUGAUGUUUGGAGUCAGCCUGAGUCUCUUCAACCAUACCUAUUUCAAGAAACCCCUGAAUAUCUACUUCGGAUUUAUUCCUGAAAUAAUCUUCAUGACCUCUUUGUUUGGCUACUUGGUUAUCCUCAUAUUUUACAAGUGGACAGCCUAUGAUGCUCAUACAUCUGAGAAGGCGCCAAGCCUUCUGAUUCAUUUCAUAAACAUGUUUCUCUUUUCCUACGGUGACUCUAGUAAUGCGAUGCUUUAUUCUGGACAGAAAGGAAUUCAGUGUUUCCUGGUAGUGGUCGCGCUACUGUGUGUACCUUGGAUGCUACUAUUUAAACCACUGGUCCUUCGCCAUCAAUAUUUGAGGAGGAAGCAUUUGGAAGGGCAGCCUGUGGAGGCCCCAGUCAGCCCAACCCCGAGCCAGCAGGGACUAGAGGCAGCAGCGGCUGCAACAGGAACUCUCAACUUUGGUGGGAUCAGGGUGGGCAACGGACCGACAGAGGAGGAUGCUGAGAUUAUUCAGCAUGACCAGCUCUCCACCCAUUCAGAGGACGCAGAAGAGCCUACCGAGGACGAAGUGUUUGACUUUGGGGACACCAUGGUCCACCAGGCCAUCCACACCAUUGAGUACUGCCUGGGCUGCAUCUCCAACACCGCCUCUUACCUGCGGCUCUGGGCCCUCAGCCUCGCUCAUGCACAGCUGUCUGAGGUGCUUUGGACCAUGGUGAUCCACAUCGGCCUCAGCGUGAAGAGCUUGGCAGGAGGUUUGGCGCUGUUCUUCAUUUUCGCCGCCUUUGCCACCCUGACCGUGGCCAUCCUUCUGAUCAUGGAGGGCCUCUCGGCCUUCCUCCAUGCGCUGCGGUUACACUGGGUCGAGUUCCAGAAUAAAUUCUACAGCGGAACCGGUUUCAAGUUCCUACCCUUCUCCUUUGAGCACAUUCGGGAAGGGAAGUUUGACGAGUGAGCCCCAUGGAGGGCUGUGUACCACAGGCCCCCCCCCCCCCCCGCCCCCCGUCCCUCCACAGCUGUUAGCUCUGCUCCUCUUGCCUGUCGGUUGUGAUCCCUGGGUAUGGGGGCAUUUGUGUCAUCCCAGCCACCCUCCCAUCUGUGAGUCAUUUAGAUAGAUCCAGCCCUCCCUGGGUCCCCCACCGCCACCAACUUCCUGUGUAGUAUAGUGAUUUUCUAGAGAGAAGCUGGGCUCUGGCUGUCACUCACACCUACUGGGCACUGGCCUCGCCCUCCCAGCCUCUGUCCAGCCAAAGACAGCCUCUCCUCUGUCCCCUGGUGGUGAGCAAGUUUGCAUUUUACGUGUGAGCCCAAAGCCCAUGGAAGAAGCACCUUUCACAUCCACACUCAGACUUUGAGCCUCCUGUUCCUGCCACUCUAGUCACUGGUUGGGGGUAGGGGUGCUCUUGGGUUAGCAGGGGCGGGUCCAGGAAGAGGGCACUUCUGUUCUCUGCCUAUCCCUCUGGCCUUCAGAGCAGUUGUUAAUCGGGAAUUUAGCUGGACCCAGCUGUGCCGUCGUGCAUGGCUUCUCCCUGUCACUCCCAAGAGUCCCAGGGUAUACCCAACACUACCUCCCUAACCCGCACCCUCUCCUCCUCUUUCCCAGAAUCCCCUCCUUCCCCCUGCUCCUGUUUGUACCCGGUGUAACAGCACAGCAGGGAGUGACCCAAACAGAGGUCCUGGCUGCCUGCUGUGGUUGGCUGCUGCUUCUCAGGCCAAGUGCGGGCCCUGCCACAAGCAUGCCCUCCGGGCACACGGUUCAGACAGAGGCUAUUUCUGGGUGCAGACCCCACAACCUUUCCCCACCCCUAAUCGUGAGUCUCGAGGGCAAGACUAUAGUCAUCAGAGGUGGUUCUGCCUACGGACCUGCCUUGCUCUGCCCUCCACUGCCCCUCCCCACUUCCACUGGGGUCCCAAGUCAAGGGAGUGGGGUCCUGGGCAGGGAAGGUCGGUGCCAUUUACAGUUUGCUGAUUGGAGGCGACCGCCAGGGCCACAGUACACCUGGUUGUGAGAGCCCUGCCCUGUGGGCCGAUGGUGAGCACCCCCAAGGGCCACCUCUCCUGUCCCCCCCAUGCCAGGCUGUGGCUCUCAGGGCCUUGUAAUCAUGUGUUGGCACAGCAGCCCGGGCUGCUUCAGCCAAAUCGAACCCCGUGGCCCUCAGUGGUCGAGAUAAUCCCCUGAAUUGGCCAGGCCCCUGCCCUCCUCCUACCCUGGCUUUUCUGAGUUACUUAGAGCUGCUCACGACUCUCCUGGGCAUGGGUCACCCACCCCCACUUCACCAUGUGCUGGCCAGUGUGACCUGCCCCGACUUUGUGCAGAUUCCCUCCCCUCCGGGCUGGUGGUUUACAUGAUGCCCUUUGCUCUGUUUAUAGCAGGGUUUGCCUCAGAGCUCUUUGUCCGGAACCCUGCCGGAGGCCCUUCUGUUCACACGUUCCCGUGCUGAAUAAAGUGUGUUUGACUCUA